AUGCGCUGCUGCAGCCGCUGCUGCUGCUGCUGCUGCUGCGUGCAGAGCUACCCAGUGAACCUGGAGUGGGACAACGUGGCGGGGUUGUCGCCGGAAAACCAAGAAGAGCGGCCGUGGUGGUACAGCCACGUGCACUACCCGACGCGGCGCGCAGUGCAGCGAGCUUUCGAAGAAGGAGUCGAAGAUUUCCGAAAAGUGAUUGAGUCGGAGUUCAAGUUGCUGCAGGAACACGACCGCAGAGAGGCGAAGCGCCUGGCGCACCUGCAGGCGCAGAAAGAGCGGCGAAAGCAGGGGCUCUGA